CUGUCAUUUGGCCACGGUCGGUUCUGAGGAGAGGGACAGCAACCGCAAAGAAACGCAGGAACAAGUCAGUUGGAUAGAGAGAAGAAAGAAAAUAAUACAGAAAUCCUUUAAACAAUGAAACCGACCGAAUAAGCCACUACAGUCAACUAGUAUUGAAUUCGUUUUAAACAUUUAAUUCAAUGACAUUUUUUUUUUUUAAUACAAGCAAGGUUAGCGGUUCGCGAGAGAGAGCUGUGUCAUUGAGCAGGCAGGACACGUCAGGAGACGAGAGAAAAGCUGGUUAGCCAUAACUAGCUACUAUAUGAGCGAAAGCCAUAAAAGUACCCUAUCGCUUGUCAUAAACUUGAUUUUCACAAUUUUAUCAGACACAUCGAGAUUGCCGAUUGACUACAGGACGGAUCGAGACAUCGCCUGGAUCAAGGGUAACGUUAGCGACCAAAAGGACGUAAAGAUCACGGGAUAGCACAUAUUGUGUGGGGGAAAACAAAUGGGGGAUUACGGGUUUGGAGUCUUAGUGCAAAACAACACUGGCAACAAGUCUGCAUUCCCAGUUAGAAUUCACCCACAUCUGCAACCUCCACAUCAUCAUCAGAAUGCGUCUCCAAGCCCUGCUGCUUUCAUAAACAAUACCACAUCUGGUAAUGGCAGUAGCAGUGGGUCGCCUUGGCUUUUUUCAGCCACAGCUGCCCACAGCAGCAUGCAAGAUGAAAUUCUUGGGUCUGAAAAACCCAAAGCCCAGCAACAGGAAAUGCAAGAAACGCAAGAAAAGCAGCAACUGUCCCCAGGCCACCAGGAGUCUGUAAUCAUAUCUGAGUUAGAGAAGGCGAGGUCCGAGGAGAACAAGGUGGAGGGCAGCCCCUCAGAGGGUAGCAAUGGAAAGGAGAAGCUGCGCCUCGAGUCCCCAGUACUGACAGGCUUCGACUACCAAGAGACAUCGGGUCUUGGGGCUCCGGCCCAGUCCAGUACCUCCUCGUCCCUGACCGGCUUCAACAACUGGUCAGCGGCUAUUUCCCAGACACCCUCCACCAUCAUCAACGAGGAUGUCAGCUUCUUCAACCCAGCUGCAUCUGCUAACAAUGGGGCCCUCCUGUUCCAGAAUUUCUCCCACCACACCAGCCCAGGCUUUGGGGGAAACUUCUCCCCCCAGAUUGGACCCAUCUCCCAGCACCAUCCCCCACAUCCACACUUUCAGCACCCACACAACCAACACCAACAGCAUCGCAGGUCCCCGGCCAGCCCCCACCCUCCUCCCUUCCCCCAUAGGAAUGCUGCGUUCAGCCAGUUGCCGCAUUUGUCCAAUAAUCUGAAUAAACCCCCGUCACCUUGGGGUAGCUACCAAAGCCCUUCUCCUUCUCCCUCUUCUACCUCCUGGAGUCCCGGCGGGGGCUAUGGUGGCUGGGGAGGCUCCCAGGGGCGUGAGUACCGUCGGGGCCUCAACGGAGGCAUGACCCCACUGAACUCCAUCUCCCCACUGAAGAAAACAUUCCCCAACAACCACGUGCCGUCGCAGAAGUACUCCCGCACCAGCCCUGGGUUCAACCCCAAAUCCUGGAUGGACGAGAGUGUGAGCAGGAGUGACAACAUCUUCCCCUUCCAGGAGCGCACCAGAUCCUUUGAUGGCUUCAACAUGCAUUCCCUGGAGAACUCUCUCAUUGACAUCAUGAGGGCCGAGCAAGAUACCCUGAAAGGUCGCCUAGGAUUCACCCAUCCAGGGGGAGAAAGUCCUCUGCCCAUAAAUGCAAGGAAUUAUGGGAGGAGACGAGGUCACUCUUCCCUGUUCCCCAUGGAGGAUGGUUUCCCUGACGACGAGCGUGGUGAGCAGAGCCUGCCUGGCCUUGGCUCGCCCCACUGUUUCCCCCACCAGAAUGGGGAGCGUGUUGAGCGUUACUCCCGCAAGGUCUUUGUCGGUGGCCUCCCGCCAGAUAUUGAUGAAGAUGAAAUAACUGCAAGUUUCCGUCGCUUUGGACACCUCUUUGUGGACUGGCCUCACAAGGCAGAGAGCAAAUCUUACUUCCCCCCGAAAGGUUAUGCCUUCCUGCUGUUCCAGGAUGAGAGCUCUGUGCAGGCCCUGAUUGAAGCCUGUAUUGAAGAGGACGGCAAGCUCUACCUGUGUGUGUCUAGCCCCACCAUCAAAGACAAGCCGGUCCAGAUCCGUCCCUGGAACCUGAACGACAGUGACUUUGUGAUGGACGGCUCCCAGCCUCUGGACCCCAGGAAGACAAUCUUUGUGGGUGGGGUGCCACGCCCUCUCCGUGCAGUGGAGCUGGCUAUGAUCAUGGACAGGCUGUAUGGAGGCGUGUGCUAUGCAGGCAUCGACACAGACCCGGAGCUCAAGUACCCCAAGGGAGCAGGGCGGGUCGCCUUCUCCAAUCAGCAGAGCUACAUCGCUGCUAUCAGCGCUCGUUUUGUCCAGCUGCAGCAUGGAGAAAUCGAUAAACGGGUGGAAGUGAAGCCAUACGUCUUGGACGACCAGUUGUGUGAUGAGUGUCAGGGAACUCGGUGCGGGGGCAAGUUUGCCCCUUUCUUCUGCGCCAACGUCACCUGUCUCCAGUAUUACUGUGAAUACUGCUGGGCGGCCAUCCACUCACGCGCUGGUCGGGAGUUCCACAAGCCACUGGUCAAGGAGGGAGGGGACCGGCCUAGGCACAUCUCCUUCCGCUGGAACUGAGAGGCAGAGGGGAGAGGGGGGAGUAGGAGUCGCAAAAUCAUUGUACAAAUAAAUGCACUUUUCUGUUGCUGGUUCCUUUUUAACUCUAAUUUGGGAGAAAAAAAAAGUUUAAUUUUAAAUUAAUAUUUUUUUUAAAGAUGAGGAGAUAUGUCAAGAAAGGAAAAGAAAUUGUGUAUCCCAUGUGAAAUCCCAUUCUCUUGACUUUCUCCAGUUGCUUUUAUCUUUUAUUAGAGCAGAAUUUGAAAAGAUUAGGCUUUCAAUUGUCACCUUGUUAUCCAAUUGGCGUGUCAUUGACCAUCAACUUCACAGCAGUAUGUUCAGUUCAAAUGUUCAUCCAAUAGGCUACAGAGCAGAUGUUAAUAGCAAAGGUGUUGCUAAAGAAGAGUGCACUUAUUUCUUUAUUUUAGAGUGCAGAAUAUAAAGUCUCAGUAGUUAACCAAAGCUUAAUCUCAAUUGGUUUGAAAAAGAAACAAGUACAGAAACGUGGAUUAUUUCCCAGAUCAGAUGUUUGAAUUUUUUUUUUUGAGACCAUGCUAAUAUUUGAUGUUACUUGACAAGAUCCAUUUCACAACAGGCGUUCUGGUUUGAUCUCCAUUUUGACAUGCAAAAACUAAUACCUCAAGCUUAGCUGCUAAUGUGACGAAUAAGUUAAAGAAAGUAAGCUGGUAUCCCGCUUCCCUUAGGACCACAAUCAAAGGGAAACGGCUUCAGCAAAAAGACACAUUUUUAUAGACGCUGCUUUGUCACUUCUUUAUUUUUGUAAUCUGACCCAAGGUUGUACUAAGAAUGAACAUAGCAUUUUAUUGGGGAAUGUAUGGCAUUGGAGGUCCCUGAGACCCUCAGCGCUGGCCCGUAUAGAGAUAAGUGACCCCCCCCCCUCUGUGUCUGAGGCCAUGCUAGCUAGGAGAGGAGAGGCUAAUGCCUAGUUGUCAUCAGGGCUGCACGUGAGCAGAAAGCCCUGCUUUUCAUGUAUUAUUAUUAUUAUUAUUGCGUUGGUGCAAAUCUCCCAAUCCUUUAUUCACAACCGUAUUCUGUUUUUAACCCCCCUCAAAAAGAGAAAUGAAUUACAAAAGCCAGGCUUGUCAUCAACACAUUUCCAUCUAGAGGAGGAUGCCGUUAUUAGACCUGCAGACCUCUCUUCCUGUGCCAGCCCAGCUAACUCAGCCAGUGUUCUAAGCAUAAAUGAAGAUAGUCCAUGCGAUGUGCUCUACUACGUACGUCCCACAAUGCAGUUCACUCACUCAAACAAGACUGCAAUAAAGAGGUUAUACCUAGAUGCUUUAGGGAACCAAAGUCGCCUGUGCAGUAGUGCAGUAAUACAGUAUUUCAUUUCAGUUUUUCUGAGUUCAUUAUUCUUUUCCUAUUUUUCUUACGAAGACCAGAUGGACUACAGCAAACCAAAGAUUGGCCUUGAAUAGAUAACAGUGCAGUCAAAAUCCAGGAAAACACUUGUGAAAACAACUGGAUUUAUUCAGUUUACAGACACCCAGGCUUUUUCACCAGUCAAUCCUCUCAUUUCCAAAGGUCAAAAUAGAGAUGUUUGUUGCUAGGCAGUUGUGUAACGUGAAUAGGUCUGCAACAGGUUUGGGGAAAUGAACACAAAAAGCUAAACAAAGGCUCACAUUUGGUUUGGUUAUUAUAGUCAUACAGUAUCUGAAUCUACUAGCGUUUUAAUAUGUCAGGGAGGGAGUGCUGAAAUAGAAUUUAACACACUAGUGAAAACCGUAUCCUUGUGUUGGUGUUCUACUGCACCAUGACUUUAGCUUGCUGGUGUUCUACUGCACCAUGACUUUAGCUUGCUGGUGUUCUACUGCACCAUGACUUUAGCUUGCUGGUGGUCUACUGCACCAGUUCUGCACCAUGACUUUAGCUUGCUGGUGUUCUACUGCACCAUGACUUUAGCUUGCUGGUGUUCUACUGCACCAUGACUUUAGCUUGCUGGUGGUCUACUGCACCAGUUCUGCACCAUGACUUUAGCUUGCUGGUGUUCUACUGCACCAUGACUUUAGCUUGCUGGUGUUCUACUGCACCAUGACUUUAGCUUGCUGGUGUUCUACUGCACCAUGACUUUAGCUUGCUGGUGUUCUACUGCACCAUGCCUUUAGCUUGCUGGUGUUCUACUGCACCAUGACUUUAGCUUGCUGGUGUUCUACUGCACCAGUUCUGCACCAGGAUUUUAGCUUGCUGGUGUUCUACUGCACCAUGACUUUAGCUUGCUGGUGUUCUACUGCACCAGUUCUGCACCAGGACUUUAGCUUGCCUGUGUUCUACUGCACCAGUUCUGCACCAGGACUUUAGCUUGCUGGUGUUCUACUGCACCAGGACUUUAGCUUGCUGGUGUUCUACUGCACCAUGACUUUAGCUUGCUGGUGUUCUACUGCACCAGUUCUGCACCAGGACUUUAGCUUGCUGGUGUUCUACUGCACCAUGACUUUAGCUUGCUGGUGUUCUACUGCACCAGUUCUGCACCAGGACUUUAGCUUGCUGGUGUUCUACUGCACCAUGACUUUAGCUUGCUGGUGUUCUACUGCACCAGUUCUGCACCAUGACUUUAGCUUGCUGAUGUUCUACUGCACCAUGACUUUAGCUUGCUGGUGUUCUACUGCACCAGUUCUGCACCAGGACUUUAGCUUGCUGGUGUUCUACUGCACCAUGACUUUAGCUUGCUGGUGUUCUACUGCACCAGGACUUUAGCUUGCUGGUAUUCUACUGCACCAGUUCUGCACCAGGACUUUAGCUUGCUGGUAUUCUACUGCACCAGUUCUGCACCAGUAAUUUAGCUUGCUGGUGUUCUACUGCACCAGGACUUUAGCUUGCUGGUGUUCUUCUGCACCAUGACCGUAGCUUGCUGGUGUUCUACUGCACCAGGACUAGCUUGCUGGUGUUCUUCUGCACCAGGACUUUAGCUUGUUGGUGUUCUACUGCACCAUGACUUUAGCUUGCUGGUGUUCUACUGCACCAGGACUUUAGCUUGCUGGUGUUCUUCUGCACCAUGACCGUAGCUUGCUGGUGUUCUACUGCACCAUGACUUUAGCUUGCUGGUGUUCUACUGCACCAGUUCUGCACCAUGACUUUAGCUUGCUGGUGUUCUUCUGCACCAUGACUUUAGCUUGCUGGUGUUCUACUGCACCAGGACUUUAGCUUGCUGGUGUUCUACAGCACCAGUUCUGCACCAGGACUUUAGCUUGCUGGUGUUCUACUGCACCAGUUCUGCACCAUGACUUUAGCUUGCUGGUGUUCUACUGCACCAGUUCUGCACCAUGACUUUAGCUUGCUGGUGUUCUUCUGCACCAUGACUUUAGCUUGCUGGUGUUCUACUGCACCAGGACUUUAGCUUGCUGGUGUUCUACAGCACCAGUUCUGCACCAGGACUUUAGCUUGCUGGUGUUCUACUGCACCAGUUCUGCACCAUGACUUUAGCUUGCUGGUGUUCUACUGCACCAGUUCUGCACCAGGACUUUAGCUUGCUGGUGUGGUGGAUAAACAUUUUAGGAGUUAAACACUUUUUGAAGAAUUUGCUGUUAAUGAGAGAAAAAAAGAUUAUUUUAUACAUGGCCUGCUGAUUUUUGGUACAGUGUUUUCUAGCUAAAUUAUUUUGUCAUGCACAUAUAAACAUUUUAUGCACUACUUUUCUAAAUAUUUCUUUUUUCUUCCCAACAGUCAUUUUAGGCACAUUUUUCACAAAUGGGGAAAACUCCUUUUUGCAAUACCUCAAUUUUUCACAUUGUGAAAGGUAGCUUUUGUACUUUUGUUACUGAGAGAUCUGCAUAUAUGGAUACUUUUCAUUUAACGAAAAAAAUGUAGUGAUUUCGAUAUAUAUUAUUUUCAGUUAUGCUUUUUUCUACAUUUCAGUGCUGAGGAAUCUUCACAACCAAGUAGCGUGCGUGCAUUGACGCGACUUCCGAAACGGCAGAGGAACGAUCAGUGUACUGCUUAAAGGUCUUAGACCUUAUACACUAGAUGUUUCACAAAAAUCAGAUCUUAACAGCAUGGCGAGGACAAAGUUGUCAUUUAAAAUUUUAAUGUUAUUGUUUAAAAAAAAAUGGCUAUCCUAGUUGGGGAAAAUGGUAACUUCUCUUUUUGGUUUCCUCUCCAUAGCUGGAAUAUAACUAUUAUAAGGAUAAUGCAAAUUAUGGUUCAUGCUUCGGCUGAAUCUCGUAUCACAAGAAUGGAUGUUUGGUGUUUAGAUAUUUUAACAUUUGAAAAUAUAUAUUCUUGAACUUGCCAACUAGCUCCUAUUGUAAUCCUUAGCAUGCAUGACGAAAAAAAGAUAAGUACAUGAAUUAGCUAUUGAAUUUGAUUGUUGUGGUUGUGCACCAGAUGUUUCUCAACUUUAAUUUGUUAAGGCCACCCCCACACCUCACUUCUCCCAUGUGUUGAUAUCUUUGCCUUCUCCAUACUCAGACCUCUGCAGGAUGCAAAGAAAAAAAUAUGAGAAAAUAAGAAAAAAAAUAACUCUAAAAUCUAUUUUAGCAGUGGAGGACUUGAGCAUCUUAUAGGACGGACACUGUUGAAAAGACUUGUUAACUCAUCUCCACUGUCUGAGGUAAUUCAACCGUUUUGGAAGAAGGGGAACUUUAAGACUUGAAUGUGGUAAAUGUUGCAAGUUAACUUCGAGUUGUUAUGUGCAAUACAUUUUAUUUUAUUUUUUUCCAGAUAAAGACUCUUUGCAAUGUAAUUCUUUAAUGCCAUUUUUAAUUGCAGACAUUUAAAGAAGACGUUAAUAUGUUUUUCAGUCAUUUUCUACUGUUAUUGUAAUCCUUUUCAUGCUGGUGUUUGUAAAAAAGAAAAAGAAAUCAAACUAUUUGUACUAAUAUAAAUAAUUGAAGUUAUUUUUAAAACAUUAAAGGUUUUGUGCUCAUUUGUUUAUUUCAAGCUACUGUGAUUGCAUUGUAAUUAUUAGGUCAAUAAUGUAUUUAGCUGUUUAUUGGUAUAUUUUUAAUUGGAAUGUAUAAUUUUUAUAAUUUUGAUCAGAUUUUUGUUAUAUUUUUGAGGUGAAGCUUUUAAAGUGUCUAGUUUUUACUAAUUGCUAUAUUGUGCUCCACAAUAUAUGAUUAACAUUUUCUGAAGGAAAAUAAAUAUUUAAAUAUUUGUCUGUUAAUGAUGUUACUUAAUGGCAAAAUUUCAAUAGUUUUUAACUGUAUGGGAAGGUUGUUGUAUUUAUUAAUAGCAUUUUUUACUUCAGAUAUCACCUUAAUUUCUAUUGUCAUUUCACUUUAUAAGUUCCUAUUUUUGUAUUUUCCUUUCUAAUUAAGUUAUGUAAUACAAAAAUGUCCAUAUUUCUAGGAGUUGGUCUGUAGCAGUGCUAGUGAAACGAAAAAUACAAUUCUGUUAUUUAAUUGUUUGCAGCCAACUAUUUAUAACAGUGCAUCAUUUUGAAAUAUUUGUAAUGUGAAAUGUUGAAUGAAUAAAACUUAACUGUGAUAAGGCU